ACGGCUCCUCCAGCCGAUAAGGCCAUCGCAGCUCUCUGCUCUCGACAGAGAGCGCAAGGACCCCGGACAUUCAUCGUCGUUCAUCACCGUAGCAUUCUCCAGCCUGGUCUUCGCUUCCGUCCAGGGCUUUAGGGUUCAUCUUCGCUCUGUUCGGGACGCCCGCCUUCUCUUCUUCUCCUUCACCUCGCCUUUGAUACGUUUCUCCAAAGCUUUCUUGCCCGUUCGGCCGCCAUGGCGUCCCAACUCAUUCGCGAAUGGACGGGGAUUCAGCAGUUUCCGGCUGCCACUCAGACCAAGUUGCUUGAAUUGCUCGGCAAACUCAAGCAGGAGAAUGUCAGCACCUUGACAAUCCUGGUGAUGGGGAAGGGGGGUGUCGGAAAAUCGUCCACUGUUAAUUCAAUUAUAGGGGAGAGGGCUGUUGCCGUCAGUGCUUUUCAGUCAGAAAUUCCAAGACCUGUGAUGGUUUCACGCUCGAGGGCUGGUUUUACGCUCAAUGUUGUUGACACUCCUGGGCUCAUAGAAGGGGGAUAUGUUAAUGACCAGACUCUUGAGAAUAUAAAGCGCUUCCUUAUGAACAAGACCAUAGACAUUCUCCUGUAUGUGGACCGAUUGGAUACAUAUAGGGUGGAUAACUUGGACAAGCAGAUCGUUAAGGCCAUUACAGAGAGUUUUGGUAAAGAGAUAUGGAAAAGAGCCCUGGUUGUCCUAACGCAUGCUCAGCUCUCGCCACCUGAUGCUCUGGAAUAUGAUGUUUUCUUUGCUAGAAGAUCAGAUGCCCUUCUUAAAAUUCUUCGAUCUGGAGCCAGGAUAAAGAAACAAGAUACCUGGGGUGAUGCCAUUCCUGUUGCCUUGGUUGAGAACAGUGGGAGAUGUAAUAAGAAUGAAAACUAUGAAAAGGUUCUUCCUUGUGGAACAGCUUGGAUUCCCAAUUUAGUUAAAACAAUCACGGAGGUCGCAUUAAAUGGAAGCAAAGCUAUAUUGGUAAACAAGAAGCUGAUUGAAGGGCCAGACCCCAAUAGAAGAUGGAAAGAAUUUAUACCAUUAAUUUUUGCAUUCCAAUACUUCUUCAUCAUUAAGCCUCUACAACAGGCAAUCAAGAAUGAUAUCGCAAGGGAGACAAGACCAGCAUGGGAGCUGAGAGAUGCUGGGUUGCCUAGUCGAAAGUUUUAAUCAACUAUAAUGUUCGUAAAUUUUGUUAUUGUCAAUGUUGAAACUGCUUCUCUAGGAUUUGUGUUGAGCGUGUUGGCCACCUGCGGAUGGAACUUUCUGGCAGUUUGUUAUCUGAGGUUCUUUUUCUACAUCAUAGAACAGUGAAGCAAUUCAAUCUGCAAAUCUCCCCUUUUGACUC